AUGGGCCCUUCGCGCCUUUCCUGGCUGGCUUAUGGCCUUGCCUCUGCCCUCUUGGGCCAGGUCGCCUCGGCCACUCAAGCCACUCAACUAGAGCCUAUUGAUAUCCUUGGGAACGCGCCAGGCCGUUUGGUCGUUCGUGACAAUGACUACACUAAGUUGGAUCUUCUCAGCACGGAGACCUUCCUGUGGGGCGGUUUGAGUGGAAAGGGCAAAUACGCCCUCGGCAACUUCACGGCUUACAUGCCAGGCAAGCACGAGAACAUUAUCGCCAUGGAGAAGUUCUACCCUUGGCUCAAGUCAACCGAGUGCACUAAGGACAGCCUGACUAUGCACUUUGAGGAUGAGGAGGCUUACCGCUAUGGUGCCAAAGCCUGGAAGUGGGUUAACGAUGCAGAGGAUCACACCUUCGUGCUUGUUGCCGGAAGGGGCCACUGCCAGUGGAAUGAGGACCGUCUGCCUUUCACUAUCACCGAUGUCGAAUUCGAUGACUGCGCGAACACUAUCAAGGCCAUUGGUAAAGCUACUGACUGGCCUAAGGCAACUCAUACAUAUGAGCUCUUUGUUGGCGGUCGUCCUGCCUCGAAAAAGCGCGAUUAUGAUGAUUCCUACUCAUUCGAUAUCAGUCAGGAGUUACCGCUUAACAAAGCGGCAUUCACUUACGACGGUGUCCAGCUUGAGUACACUUGCGAUGGCUGUGGCACGAGCGGAGAGUUUGAAUUCGCCUUCCAUAUGAAAACCGAGUACAUGAUCCCGGUUGACGUGGAACUUGCUGUUUCUCCUCGUGAAGUUGAAGCAAAGUUUGAGCCGCAGCUGAAACUAAGUGCCCAGAUGGGCAAGGUCGAAAUGGAGAGAUCUCUCGGAUCAAUCCCUAUUGCUGGUGUCUCUAUUGCUGGAGGCAUUCUCGACCUCGGCCCUAGAAUUGAAUUUAGUCUCGCGACCGAAAUUGAGCUUAAGGGAAGUGCUGCAAUUUCAGGAGGUGGCACUGCUAGUUUGGAAGAUUCCGCCCAGUUGACACUCGACUUGCUGGAUGCUGGCGUUGCUUCAAGUGGUUGGUCGCCGCAGUUCACUCCGAAGCCGUUGACCUUCGACGCGGCUCUGGAAGGCUCUUUGAAAGUUGGCCUCAAAACCAGCGUUGGGCUGGAAGUGUCAGCUCUUAGUAAGACUACUUUUGAUAUGGUCUCCUGA